AUGGCCGGCCGCGCCCCCGGAAUAACCGGUCCGACGAUGGCCGAGAAAUUGGAGGAGAGAAAACGAUCGGCCCCGACGAUGGAAGAAUUUCAGGCCCGGAUGUACAAGAAGCACACGCAGGGAGACGCGGCGAUGGCGGAGUGGGAAAAUGCCGACUACAACGAGAAUCUACGCAAGGCACGGGAGGCGCGCAUGGAACAGGACAAGCAGAAGGUGGACAAGGAGAAGAAGGACACUGAGAAAAAAAAGAAGAAAAAACACAAAAAAGAGAAGAAAAAGAAGUCAAGAAGCCGGCACCGGUCGAAAGAGAAAAAGAAGAAGGGGAAGAAAAGCAGAAAACAUAAAAAAUCAUCGUCAAGUUCAUCCUCAUCCUCCCACGCAUCCUCCCCCUCCAGCACGGACAGCAUGAGCGACGAGGAGGUCAAGAGCCGGCAAAGAUCGAAAUCAAAAUCGAAGUCGCAGGUUGAGAACAGCAAGGGGAACAAGAACAAGUUGACUAACGGCGAGAUGACCACGAAGAGCAACAAGGAUAAUGAAGCUACAGGCAAGCACGACAAAAAAAAGUCAAAAGAGCCGACGAAAGAGAAGUCUUCGAAGAAGGAGAAAAAGGAGAAGCACCUCGCUCCACCCGACAAAGAUGGAGAGAAGUCAAAAAAGCGAAAAAGAAAAGAGAAAAAGAAGAAGCACAAGAAGAGAAGUACCAGUAGCAGCUCGGAUUCAUCGUCUUCCAGAAGCUCUUCCAGUAGUUCCUCUGCAGCAUCAGGUGACAAAUCGUCAAAAAACAAAAAGCGGAAAGUGCAAGACGGUUGGAAAAUCAGCGAGUACCUGAAUUCACCUGAUUCUGAGUCGUCGAAUUAA